AAAAAAAUAAAUAAAUAACAAAUAAAUAAAAAAUGAUUGUAAAGCAGAGGUAGAACCUCCACUCCCUGGACUGGUCUCUCUUUAGAAACUUUUCAUUUGAGUUCCAUUGUGGUAGUUGGACACUGCCUGGGACCAAAUCGAAGCGCUUACAGAACCCUAAUUAGUAUUAUUCUCUCUUUUUUUUUACGAAAACAAUUUGCCGGGCAGGCAUUAGCCUCGAUUUCAGUUCAAUUGAAGGGGAGAGCUGGUAUUAGACAGCUACUGGGUACUGGAAUGGGAGGUUUCUAUACUCUAGACACUGCCCGAGCUACAGUUCCUUGAGAAGUCAUUGGGGAAGCUAUUAGGAAUCGUAGAGGAUCUACAACUAGUCAUGGGUUUCAACUUGAAGAGAGUUAUGACUCCUCUAAUCUCCCACCACACUCCCUUGCGCCAACAGACCCCAUCUUAGUGCUACAGAACCUCUUAGACUCCAAGAACUCUAAAAAUUCGAUAAAAAAAAAGUGCUAAUCGCAAUGCUUCGGCAUCCGGGUCCGACAUGGUGACCACAAUUAAAAUAACCUGCGAUGGAGUCUUCAUCCAGUCCAACUCGUACCUCAUGCCCUCGGCGCCCGGUGGCCCAGGAUCUGCAGCAGCAGGCGAUGCCUCCUCGGAGCGGGCUCUGAAGUCAGAGUCCUCGGGAUCGAACAACGAGAGCGACAACUCGCAGACCAGCAGCGGCAGUCAGACCACCGCCUCCAGUGCCGGGAAGCGCUCGAACAGGUCAGCGGGCAGGAGCCAUCGCGGAGCUGGGCUGCAGGACACCAGGCGGCGGUACUACUUCGGCAGCAAGGACAUCUACUGGUGCAAACAGAGCAGGGAGGGCUCUGGCUCAGGAUCUGGAACUGGAACUGGAUCGGGAUUGACGCGAAGUGCCAGCAGUGUGACCCACAAGGAGGCCGCCACCCAUGCCACCCAUAGCGGCGGGCAGGUGAUCUCGAGGGCACGCCGGAAGCCCAUCCUACUGUGCAGCAGUCUGAGUGCCGCCUACGCCCCUCCCCGGCGCCGGGAGUUCUACUUCUGCGACAAGUAUGCUCCGUCCCAGGGUCGGAGCUCUCUCUCCCCGACCAAGUCCAAGUCCUCUUCCCCACCAACCAAAGGCGACUCUGUCCAGCCGAUCGAUGCCCGGCUGUUGAACUUCCUGCGCAGUGCCCAGCGGAAGUUCCAUGUGGCCAGAACCAAGCCGGAGCAGCAGCAGCAGCAGCAGACCAAAGAUAAAGUCAAGGACAUUGGCCAGGACUCGUCCCGCUCCCUUCCGAUCAUUGCCACCACGGAGGAGUGGAUUGACGAGGAGGCCCUGCCGAGGAGGGAAGAGAGGAAGCCAAGGGAGAAGGAGAAACAGCAGCAGCCACUCGCUAGAAAGGCGUCUGGCGAGGGUGACCUCAUCACCGUCGAGAUCAAGCAGGGACCGGUACGGAAGCAGACCCUUCCGGCGGCCCGACCACCCAAAGAAGACCCGCCCACGAUGAACAGCCACGCGACCGCCACCCAGAACGGACAAACAACGGUCGUCGGGCACCAUCGCGGCUUCUCGCAGCCCUCGGUGACGGUGGCAGCUGGCUCAUCAACGGGCAGCACUGCCGGCGAUCCAUGGUUCCUCCAGACCACCGGCCACCAAAUGCCACCCACCGCCCCCCUGCGGCACAAUAAGCGCCCAGCCCCCCAACCGAAUGCGGUUCUCGGCGCUGGAGGCACUGCAGCAGCUGGCUCGGCGAUCGGAGCAGUUCUGCUGCACCAGCAGCAGCUCAGCCAGUCGCAGCCACACAUUGUGCCGCCGAGCAUACCUCCGCACCACCACCACCAUCGCGACAACAAUGUGCAUCCCAACCAGGCGGGAACGGCGGCCGCCCUGCACUUGUCAUCGCAUGCGCUUAAUAGUCAUAAUUUAAUCAGCAGCGCCAGCAAUCAUUCGCCCAAGUCCCCCAGCCAGACACAGCAACAGCAGACGACGACACAACAGCAACAACAACAACAACAACAACAGCAGCAGCAGCAGGCGACACAUAGCAUACUGUCCACCUUCGCGCCAGCUGCCACUAGCGGAUCAGUACAGACGGCGGGUUCACAGGCGGCGGGAGGAACCGCUGCUGCAGUGGCCGCCGUUGCUCAACAGCAGCAGCAGCAGCACCUCCAGCUACUGGCCAACUGCGGAGGAUCGGGGGGAGCGGGCGGACUGAUGUCCUCCUCGCUGAACGCCGCCCAGAUGGCGUUGCACGCCUCGGAACGGGCGCUGCCGCCAAAGAGCCUGGCUCUGACCAGCAGCCAGCACGGCAGUAAUAUGCUGCUCCACACGACAGGAGCCCAGCCGACGCAGGCCACCCAGCCAGUGGCGGUGGGUGGCGCCAGUGGUGGUACCGGCGGUAUGUCCACCUCCCUCCACAGCUUCGACAUCAACGGCGGGGCUGGGGGCAGUGGAGUGAGUGGGAGCACCGCCUGGUCGAGUGGCUCCACCACGGCCAUGAACCACUCCUCGCUCUCCCCCACGGCGAUGGCGCCCCAACAGCUGCGCAAGUGCGAGGUGAAGCUGAAUGCCAUGCCGUGGUUCCAUGGCAGCAUAACACGCGACGAGGCGGAGCACCUGCUGCAGCCCCGAGAGGAUGGGCUGUUCCUGGUCCGUGAGUCCACGAACUUUCCUGGUGAUUACACGCUCUGCGUCUGCUUCCAGUCCAAGGUCGAGCACUACCGGGUGAAGUAUCUGGAGAACAAGCUGACCAUCGACGACGAAGAGUACUUUGAGAAUCUUGGCCAGUUGGUGGCGCACUAUGAGGCCGAUGCGGAUGGAUUGUGCACCCAGCUCAUCAAGUGCUUGCCAAAGCUGGGCAAGCAAGAGUUCUGCAUCAACUCCAAAGACUUUGUGGACAAGGGCUGGGUGAUCCCGGAGGCGGAACUGCAGCUGCGGGAGAGCAUCGGCAAGGGCGAGUUCGGCGAUGUGAUGCUGGGCAUACUGCGCAACGAAAAGGUGGCCGUCAAGAUGCUGAAGGAUGAGGGGGCUGUGCAAAAGUUUCUGGCCGAAGCCUCGGUCAUGACAACUCUGGAGCACGACAACCUGGUCAAGUUCAUUGGCCUCGUCUUCACCAGCAAGCAUUUGUAUUUGGUUACGGAGUAUAUGAGCAAGGGGUCACUGGUUGAUUACCUGCGAUCUCGCGGACGACAGCACAUAACCAAAAAGGAUCAAAUCAUUUUUGCCUACGACACUGCCUCUGGAAUGGAGUAUCUGGAAGCCAAGAAGGUUGUGCAUCGCGAUCUGGCAGCCCGCAACGUCCUCAUCUCCGAGGACUGUGUGGCCAAGGUGUCCGAUUUUGGUUUGGCACGCGAGGAGUGCUACAACCUGGACGUGGGCAAGCUGCCCAUCAAGUGGACGGCUCCCGAGGCGCUCAAGAAUGGGCGCUUCUCCAACAAAUCCGACAUGUGGAGCUUUGGCAUACUGCUGUGGGAAAUCUACUCCUUUGGUCGCGUGCCUUAUCCGAGAAUUCCAUUGGCUGAUGUGGUGAAGCACGUCGAGGUGGGCUACAAAAUGGAAGCGCCCGAGGGCUGUCCACCUGAGAUAUACGAAAUGAUGCGCCAGGCCUGGGACCUCAAUCCCGCCAAGCGACCCACAUUCGCGGAGCUCAAGGUGAAGCUGCAGCUCCUCAAUAAUGCCACAGCGUGAGGAGACACUGGACAAUGGACGCAGAUGCGAAGGGAAACAAAAAAAGAGAAUGGAUAGAAGGAUAAGGGUUCAGAUCAGUUGCCAGCGAAGCCAAAGGAAGUUUCAGACCAAGCCAAGCCAAGCCAGAACAGAACAGAAUAGAAUCUGAUCCUUAGCUGAAAUUGACAAGACACCGAACACUGAACGCAACAAUUUUUCGUACGAUUAUAUACAUACAUGAAUAUAUAUAACUAAUUUACAACAAUUUAUUUACAUAUAUAAUUUAUGGAGUAAGUUUUGUAAAAUUAAGCGAAGAAACCCGACACAAUCAAGCAAUGUUAGUGAGUUGCGGCAGCUUCCGAUUAUCAAUUAAUCAAUAAAAUAACCAAGAACCGACUACGGACUACGGACUACGGAGAGAGCAGCUGUAGCUGAGUAGGCCUACCUACUACUACUACUUACCUUUAACUACCACAAUAUUACGUUAUGUGUACUCUGUAACUUGGCUAUUUAUUAGUUCCCUCCUCGUAUCGGACUGUAGCCUGCCUGGAUUAUAUCUGUCAACCACAAUUUUGUAUCUUUUUGUUAUAGAAUACGCAUACAUAUGAACGGCACCCCCCCACGGGGUGUCCUCUCUAAAAUUAAUUGUUUAUAGAAUAUUUCCCUUUAAUGGCAAAAACAAAAGCAUAUAUUUUAUUCGAGUUAUGUACUCUUUCUGUUGACCGUUUCUGUUUGUAGCACAAAACUAGGAGGGAUGACCACGUAGAACUUGUCCAACAAGUCGUUCGGAAUAAGAGGAGAUCAAGCAGAGGAUUAGUUAAAUUUAGUUACAUUUAUUUCUAUCGAAAAUCAAACAAAAAUUAUGCAAAAAACCUACAUAUUAUACAAGCUAAAAAAAAAUCUUUAAAAAAAAGAAACGAAGGCGGCUCUUGUCGCGUGUCCUUAAACUCAAAAGUAUAAAAAGUAAAAAAAGCGAGAAAAAAAAAAUAUAAAAUUCAAAUUGAAACACUUGUGAAAAUAUGCAUUAAAUUACAACUUAUACAUAUAAUACACGUAAACUACGUAUUUAGCAUAUGAAUCGAUUAAUAAUAACAUAAAGAUAUAAAUUAUUACGCGCAGUUCGUGGUUUUGUUCAAUAUUCGAUUUAAUGUCCGGCCCUCUAUCACAAGGAAUCUCCCCCACUGUACUCUAAUCCAAGCCAGCUACUGGAUGAAGGGCAAACGAAAAAUUGUAAUUUAUUUCUUAAUUGUAUCCCAUAGCCUUACACCUAAAUCUUAUUUUAUUUUAAUGAUCCCCCUAAGAAACUUGUACAUUUAUGCUUUUUAAUUUUUAAUUUCCCGAUUGAGCGGCAACUACUUUGCUUUAAAACUUAAUUAUAGUUUACUUUAUUAAAAAAAACACACACCCCUCACCACACCACACCACACCACCCACACACAUGACACAUUAAUUUUAAAGUUAUUUUUUUAAAAAAACAAAACACAUUAAUAUUGUAAACUGGAGGAGAAAAAAAAUACACACACAACCUUGCACCACAGACACACCCACACUGGAAGAUACUGGAAGAUCGAGGUGAGGAUUGAACGACGGAUGGCAGAGGAUUCUAAAGCUUUUAAUAAAAGUACAGAAUACAGCAUUA